AUGGCAGCUACAUUAGCCAAUGGUGGGGUAUCACCAUUAAGUGAGGAACGAGUUGUGUGUAAUCGAGCGGUCCGUGAUACGUUAUCAUUGAUGUAUUCAUGUGGAAUGUACGACUAUUCCGGGCAAUUCGCUUUCAAGGUUGGCUUACCGGCAAAAAGUGGAGUAUCAGGUGAUAUGAUCAUUGUCGUACCAAAUGUCAUGGGGAUUUGUUUAUUUUCACCACCACUUGACCAACUCGGCAAUACAGUUCGAGGAGUAAAAUUUGCGGAACAGUUUGUGGAAAAAUUCAAUUUUCAUAAUUAUGACAGUCUUGUUUACUCUGACACUCAUAAAAUUGAUCCACGAAAAAAAAUUCGGGAAGUGAAACAUGAAUCUGUGUCGAAUAUGAUGUAUGCUGCAACUAUUGGUGAUAUUUCAUCCAUUCAAAGAUAUCUUUUGUUGGGUGCUGGUAUCGCUGAAAGAGAUUACGAUGAUCGUACUGUACUGCAUGUUGCCGCUGCACAUGGAAAUGAGAAUGUCCUUAAAUUUUUGUUGCAACGAUGGCAGGAAAGUCCAGAUCCAUUGGAUCGAUAUGGACGAACACCUCUCGAUGAUGCUAAAGAAUUUGAUCAUGGCACAUGUGUGGAAAUCCUGGAAAGAGCUUUAGAAAAGUAUAUGAUGAAAGCACAAGAAAGAAGUAGUCCUACAUCAAACAAAUCGUGA